AUGACCCAGUUCGAAUUGACUGUGGCUACCCGCAGCAACCAUGCUGCUUUGCUGCCGGUGAUUCUCAUUGUUACCUCAAUUAACGCAGCCCGCCCUUCUCCCGUGAUCAACAUCAACUAUGAAGAUACUGCGCUCCUCAGCGAGGGUGACAAGGCUGUUCUCCAGCUUUUCAAUGGAUCCAAUUCCGUCUUUGGCACUAUUGAUGCCAUUAAAGAGCUCUGUGCUCAGUUCCCCUACCUGAAUGGCAAGGAUAGCAAGCUGGAGGACGAAUGGAUCUCUCAGCUAGACAGCUUCACUACUUUUGACUUCAAGGCUCUCGACCCUCUACUCCAGCACCUCGACACUCACCUUCUCUUGCGCUCUUUCGUCGUCGGAUACUCCCUCUCCACUGCCGACAUUGCUUUGUGGGGUGCCCUCCGCGGGAACCGCGUCGCCGUUGCUGCCCUGAAGAAGGGAUCCCUUGUCAACCUGACCCGCUGGUAUCGGUUCUUGGAGGAGCUGUGCCCCUGGGCUACUGCUGCCUUGGAGUCACUGACCGCCGCUGCCCGGGAGAAGAAGAGUGCAAAGUCUAAGGAGGGAGCUAGCUACGACAUUGCCCUUCGUAACACCGAGAACGGUGUCGUUACUCGCUUCCCCCCAGAGCCUUCUGGAUAUCUUCACAUCGGACACGCGAAGGCCGCGCUCUUGAACGAUUACUUCGCUCAUGAGAAGUACAACGGCACCCUUCUUCUCCGAUUCGACGACACCAACCCGUCCAAUGAGAAGCAGGAGUUCCAAGAUGCUAUCGUUGAGGACCUUGCCCUCAUGGGUAUUAAGCCCAACAAGGUGUCAUACACCAGUGACUACUUUAAUGAGCUUUACGAUUACGGUCUCACAAUGAUCAAGACUGGUAAGGCCUAUGCCGAUGAUACCGACAAGGAGACCAUGGCCGCCCAGCGUUGGGACGGACUGCCCAGCCAGCGUCGUGAGCUCUCUCCCGAAGAGAGUCUGGCCCGCUUCGAGGAGAUGAAGAAGGGCACUCCCGAGGGUCUUCGCUGGUGCAUUCGUGCCAAGAUUUCGGUUGAUGAUAAGAACAAGGCCAUGCGAGAUCCUGUCAUCUACCGCUGCAACCCGGCUCCUCACCAUCGUACCGGCACUAAAUGGAAGAUUUACCCUACUUACGACUUUGCUUGCCCUGUCGUUGACUCCAUGGAAGGCGUCACCCACGCUCUCAGAACUAUCGAGUACCGUGAUCGCAAUCCACAGUAUGAGUGGAUGCUGAACGCUCUCAGCCUCCGUCACGUCCAGGUCUGGGACUUUGCCCGCAUGAACUUCAUUCGGACUCUUCUCUCCAAGCGUAAGCUGACCAAGCUUGUGGAGAGCGGUGUUGUUUGGGGCUGGGAUGAUCCUCGCUUCCCUACUAUCCGCGGUAUUCGCCGCCGUGGUAUGACCAUUCCUGCCCUGCGCGAGUUCAUCCUCAAGCAGGGUCCUUCAAAGGCAGUUACCCUCUUCGACUGGGCUUUGAUCUGGGCCACCAACAAGAAGUACAUUGACCCCGUCGCCCCUCGCCACACCGCUGUUGUGGACAAGGAUGUUGUUAAGGCUACUAUUACCAACGGCCCUUCCACUCCCUACACUGAGGAGAAGGCCAAGCACGCCAAGAACGCCGCAGUUGGCAUGAAGACAGUUGCCUUCAGCUCUGAUGUUGUUCUUGAGCAGGCUGAUGCUAAGCUGUUCAAGCAAGAUGAGGAGAUUACUCUUAUGAACUGGGGCAAUGCCUUCGUCCGCAAGAUCACUGCUGAUGCCAAUGGCACCAUCACCAACCUUGAGCUCGAGCUAAACCCUACUGGUGAUGUGAAGAAGACGGAAAAGAAGGUCACUUGGUUGGCCACUGGCAGCCCUGAACUGAUACCUGUUGAGCUUGUCGACUUCGAUUACCUGCUCAAGAAGGACUCGCUCAGCGAGGAUGACGUUCUUGAGGACGUUCUCAACUACAAUACCGAGUUCCGUGACUCUGCCCUGGCUGAUAACAAUGUUGCCAAGCUCCAAGUUGGUGAUAUCAUCCAGUUCGACCGCAAGGGCUUCUACCGCAUGGACCGUGCCUUUGCACCUGGCAAGCCGGCUGUGUUCUUCAACAUCCCUACUGGCAAGGCCAAAUAG